AUGAAGAACAGAAAGCUCUUCAAACGUAAAGAGAAAAUUUUUGCACAAAAUGGUGGCAUAUUGUUACAACAACUGUUAGCUAAGCAUGGAGGAUCAAGUGAAACAGCGAGAGUUUUUAGUGAGGAGGAAAUCAAGGAGGCCACCAACAACUUUGAUGAACGAAGGGUCCUUGGCCAAGGGUAUUAUGGAAAAGUUUACAAAGGAGAAUUACUUGAUAAUAGAAUGGUAGCUAUAAAAAGGUCCAAAAUCAAUAACCCAAUCCAGAUUGAGCAGUUCAUCAAUGAGGUAUAUGUGCUUUCCCAAAUCAACCAUAGGAACGUGGUAAAGCUCUUGGGGUGUUGUUUAGAGACAGAACUUCCCUCGCUUGUCUAUGAAUUCAUUCCUAAUGGUACCAUUUCUCAGCAUCUUCAUGAUCAAACCCAAUCUUUUAUAAGACUCUCAUGGGAAACACGAUUGAGAAUAGCAAAAACUGCUGGAGCCCUUGCAUACUUGCAUUCUGCUGCUUCAACACCAAUCAUACACAGAGAUGUGAAAACUUCUAAUAUACUACUAGAUUCUGAUCUCACUGCAAAGGUUUCGGAUUUUGGAGCUUCAAGGUUUAUUCCUCUUGAUCAAACUGAGUUAACCACUUUUGUGCAUGGGACUCUAGGGUAUCUUGACCCUGAAUAUGUCAACACGGGCAAAUUAACUGUGAAGAGCGACGUUUAUAGCUUUGGGGUUGUUCUAGCAGAGCUAGUCACAGGUAAGAAGGCACUUUCUUUAAGCAGGCCUGAGAGUGAUAGAAAUCUAGCAAUGUACUUUGUUUCUUCAAUGAAUGAUGGAAGGUUACUCGCAAUUGUGGAUAACAAAAUAAAAAAUGAGGCAAAUAUUGUUGAGCUUGAGCAAGUAUUGGAAAUUGCCAAUAUCACAAAAUGUUGUUUAAGUGAGAAGGGUAAGAAAAGGCCUACCAUGAAGGAAGUUGCAAUGGAACUUGAAGGACUGAGAAUAUUAAUGAUAAAGAACAGACAGGAAAGUGUCGAAAUGUCUUCAGAUGAGACAGGGCACUUUCUCAAUGAUGAUUUGUUUCCUUACAAUGUUGACAUCGAAGCUGGAGUUGGUUCAAGUGGUGUAAAUUCUGGGAUGUAUAGCUUAAACCAGGUUUCCAUGAUAUUGAGUGGCAGAAGAUAA